GAGUCCACACUCGCAGGACGCGCCAGUCUGGCUUCAACCUCGAAAGUGGUAGUGUGGUAUUUCUUUUCCAAAUGCGUUUGAUGUCAUAAUUAAAUUUGGUUUCUUAAACCUCUGUAGGGAUUCCUCAAGGUAAAAUGGAGAAGGAGAAGGAGAAAGAUAAGGAUAAAGAAAAAGAGAAGGAGAAAGGUGGCAAAGAAAUAAGGCCGAUCAAGACAAAGUUUACUGAUGGUGAAAAGGUGCUCUGUUUUCAUGGACCUCUGAUAUAUGAAGCAAAAUGUUUGAAAGUACAAGUCAAAGAUAAACAGGUCAAGUAUUUCAUACACUAUGCUGGGUGGAACAAAAACUGGGAUGAAUGGGUUCCUGAGAGCCGUGUCCUCAAGCUCAACGAUGCGAACAUCAACAGACAGAAGGAUCUUCAGAAGGCACAUGAAGCAUCACUGAAGAACAAGAAAUCCAAGAAGAACCUGGUAGACAAGAAGAAGGUGAAGGAGGGUGGUUCCUCUGGCACAGGCGGGUCGGGGGCUCCACGGGGGGAACACAAGCAAUGGAGGUGGGGGGAGGGGAGGAGGGGUGAUGACUCCAGGUCCUCUACCCCCAGCACAGACCGGUCAAGUGGUGGUCCAGGCAAGCGAUCAGCUGCUUCCACUCCCACAACCCCAGCAUCUGUCAAGGGAGAUGAGUCAGAAUCUCGGAAGAAGCGCUCGCGGCUCGAGUCCACUGUUGAUACUGUAAGUGUGUAUGAUUUCAUUCCGUAUUUUUACUUAUUUAUUUAAUUUUAUUGU